AUGUCGAACCAUACCGAUGAGCCUUUGUUGGUGUUCUUGACACUGGCUGUAUCCAGUAUCGUGUAUCUGCGCGGGUUCCUUUCCGAGACUUACUUUGACAACGACCGGGUUGUGUGCGAGGCAGGAAUCUUAAAGGUGAAGGUGUUGAAAAGGGGGGUUUCCCAGAGAGCAGACCUGAUACUGGACUGGCUAGAAGCCGCUUCUGCCAGUAUCCUCAGCGGCUCGUUGUCUGGUCUGUGUUUGUUUGUUGGAGAGCCGUCCUCGCACAACACAAACGAGGCAUAUUUAUUUGAAUUGGGCAAUGUCUCCUCCAUCCACCACGAAAAUACAAAUACCCAGCUGUAUUCCCUGCUACGACGUUUGUUUGUGUUUGUUCAAGGAAUGCCCCGUGCAAAGAACACCUGUGCCAUGUCGAUGCAAUUUGCGGGGUCGACAGAAACAGACCCUGGCCGUCUAUUUGAGCCUGCUACCAUUUGCAACAAACUGCUCGUAGACGGCCAGUUUGAGCUGCAGAAUUGCGGAUCCCUCAACACCGCACUUCACCGCGUCUCGAUCACCGUUUUCAAAGCCAACACAAACCCACCGGCCCUUGCUCAGGCAAAUUACCUCGACCCGUUCUCUGUGAUGGACGAACAACCCUCUGAUAUCUCUCGCCAGCUGGAGCUCGCGGCCGUCAACGCGUCGGGCGACACGCAGCCCGAGGCCCCGCCACACACUGUGUCAGACCCACUUGAGUCGCAGGACUCGUCGCUGAUGCACUCGGCGGUGUCGUGCUUCAGCUCCCCCAGCUCUGCCCCACCGAAAUAA